AUGGGCAUUACAUUAAGCACUCAUACCACCCUCGCCCCCCUCUCACUUGCAAGCACUAUCAUUGGCUUUGUCUCGUUUUCCUUCACUCUGGCUACCCUACUACGUGUCUUUUGGGGCAACAUCACAACUAUCCUCAACGCCCAUGAUGAGAUACACGACCUCCUAAACAGCCUCCGAGUUCAGCUGUACGAAGAGCGAGAAUCCUUACGCAACAUAAGACGCCACAACAAAGAAUGGCGCAAGCGAGGCCGUUGCAAAGGUCUUCCUCUCCCUCGUCUCGAUGACUUGGCCAUCAGGUCUAUGCAGGACACUCUUCACCAUCUUACACGGAAAUUCAAAGAACUCGAACGUCCAUUCCUUGACCAACAUUCUGCUUCUGGUCGCCGCAGAUAUCGCAAAACCUUUUCACCCAUCCCGAGCGAUACAUGGGACUCCGAGAAAGGUCUUCGCAGCCAAGAAUUGGAAUGGGACAGGGAACUCGACGAUGAGGACGAUCCGAGAACUCAUGGAGAUGUCUCUUGCAACGUCACUCUAGGCAAACGCAUUCUUUGGGUUCGUCAAAGGACUGAUGUGCUUGCCAUCAUCAAAGCCGUCAGUCGUCUUCAAACCAGGAGGACUGCAAGACAAGUCGGCGAGAUUGCUGUUGCAUUGUACGAGUACGGAGAUACGAUAGAAGAUAUGGACGAGGGCAUGCAGGAGAUUGAGGCUCGGUUGAACCACGUUGUUGGCAUACGGAGGGUGGUCUGA